CCUUGUUAGGAGUUCCUCCCCUCUGAGUAAAAGGCUUCCCAUCUCUUUGCAGUGCUCCGACCCACAGAAGCUGCUCCACAUUGCCCAGGAGCUUCUGCACACAGAGGAAGCCUACGUGAAGCGGCUGCACCUGCUGGACCAGGUUUUCUGCACCAAGCUGGCAGAAGCAGGGAUCCCUCUGGAAGUGACUACCGGCAUCUUCUCUAACAUCUCCUCCAUCUACUGCUUCCACGGGCAGUUCCUCCUGCCGGAGCUGCAGAAGAGGAUCACGGAGGAGUGGGACACAAACCCUCGACUCGGGGACAUCCUGCAGAAACUGGCCCCGUUCCUGAAGAUGUAUGGCGAGUAUGUCAAAAAUUUUGACAGGGCGAUGGGACUGGUGAGCACAUGGACCCAGCGCUCUCCGCAGUUUAAGGACGUCAUCCACAGCAUCCAGAAGCAGGAAGUGUGUGGGAACUUGACAUUGCAGCAUCACAUGCUGGAGCCUGUGCAGAGGGUCCCCCGCUAUGAGCUGCUGCUCAAGGACUACCUCAAGAGGCUCCCCAGGGAUGCCCCAGACCGGAAAGAUGCUGAGAGGUCCCUGGAGCUCAUUUCCACAGCUGCUGACCACUCCAAUGCUGCCAUUAGGAAGAUGGAGAAAAUGCACAAGCUUUUGGAGGUGUACGAGCAGCUGGGUGGUGAAGAGGACAUUGUCAACCCAGCUAAUGAGCUGAUCAAGGAGGGCAACAUCCAGAAAUUGUCAGCCAAGAAUGGUACCACUCAGGACCGACACCUCUUCCUGUUCAACAAUGUGAUGCUCUACUGUGUACCCAAGCUAAGGCUCAUGGGCCAGAAGUUCAGUGUACGGGAGAAAAUGGACAUCUCUGAUCUCCAGGUGCAAGAUAUUGUGAAACCAAGUGCAGGACACACAUUCAUCAUAACAGGAAGAAAAAGGUCCCUCGAGCUCCAGACUCGGACAGAAGAAGAGAAGAAAGAAUGGAUUCAGGUUAUUCAGGCUACCGUGGAGAAGCACAAGCAGAAGAGUGAGUCCUUCAAGGCCUUCAGCGGUGCCUGUAGCCAGGAUGAGGAGCCCAGCCUGUCUCCAGACCAGCCUGUCACGUGUGCCAGCCCUGUGGAACCUGCAGGGGUAUCGGACAGCAAUGGGGUUAUUGCAGGGACUGAGUCCAGGAAGUUGUCCUCUAAAACAAGGCGUGACAAAGAGAAGCCCGGAUGUAAGAGCUGUGGUGCGACCUUCAACUCCAUCACCAAGAGGCGGUAUCGCUGCAAGAUGUGUGGAGUGGUCCUCUGUAGGAAGUGCUCAGAAUUCAAGGCCGAGAACAGGAAGGAGAGCCGCAUCUGCUUGGAGUGUUUCCUGGAAGAGCCCCUGGUGCCUGUAAGCCCUAGCUCUGAGACUCCCACUGAGCUAAAACAGAAAGCAGAGGUAGGUGUCCCUGGUUCCUGGGAUGGAUGCAGGGGAUUCUCAGUGUGGUCAGGGGACAUCAGUAUGAUUCCAGGCUGGGAGUCAGG